AAUCAAGCGACUCAGUGAUGAUUUUUAGCGAACAGUUCCUGUUUCCUGUUCCAUCCGCGGCUGAGAGCGCGACGGGGUCCGGAGGUGGGGAGGCGAAGGUAGCAAGGAGAGAAUAAUGGAUAAACACAAAGUGAAGAGGCAACGCUUGGAUAGAAUCUGUGAAGGAAUUCGACCACCAAUUCUGAAUGGUCCAAUGCCUGUCCGUCCUUUGGUGGCCCUUUUGGAUGGGCGGGACUGCACAGUUGAAAUGCCUAUACUGAAGGAUGUUGCUACAGUUGCAUUUUGUGAUGCUCAGUCAACACAGGAAAUACACGAGAAAGUGUUAAGUGAAGCUGUGGGUGCUUUAAUGUAUCACACUAUCUCUCUUUCCCGUGAGGACCUAGAAAAAUUCAAAGCCCUUCGAAUUAUCAUAAGGAUUGGCAGUGGAUAUGAUAAUAUUGAUAUUAAGUCAGCUGCUGAGUUAGGGAUUGCUGUAUGCAACAUUCCCUCGUCUUCUGUGGAGGAGACAGCUGAUUCAACUCUAUGCCAUAUUUUGAAUCUGUACCGACGUGUCACAUGGCUGCACCAAGCUAUGAGAGAGGGUAACCGACCAGCAAGUGUGGAGCAGAUCCGAGAAGUAGCUGGGGGAGCAGCCAGAAUUCGUGGAGAAACUUUAGGCAUCAUAGGACUUGGGCGGAUAGGGCAAGCUGUUGCUUUGCGUGCCAAAGCAUUUAACUUCACAGUCAUCUUUUAUGACCCUUAUUUACCGGAUGGAGUUGAACGCUCUCUGGGUUUGCAGAGGAUGGCGACUCUUCAAGAGCUACUAAUGCACAGUGACUGCAUAACGUUGCACUGCAGUCUGAAUGAACAUAACCAUCACCUCAUUAAUGACUUCACUAUAAAACAGAUGCGCCAAGGUUGCUUCUUGGUUAAUACAGCUCGUGGAGGGCUGGUUGAUGAGAAGGCACUGGCUCAGGCCUUAAAAGAUGGACGUAUACGUGGGGCUGCUUUAGAUGUACAUGAAUCUGAACCAUUCAGUUUUUCUCAGGGACCCCUGAAAGAUGCUCCAAAUUUGAUAUGCACCCCUCACACUGCUUGGUACAGUGAGCAUGCUUCAAUUGAAGCCAGAGAAGAGGCAGCUAAAGAAAUCCGCAGGGCUAUAGCAGGUCCAAUUCCAGAUGCUUUACGAAACUGUGUAAAUAAGGAAUAUUUGCUAGCAGCUGUACAGUGGUCAGGGAUGGAACAGGCUACCGUUCAUCCUGAACUUAAUGGAGCUGGCAGUUACAGGUUUCCCCCAGGAGUUGUGGGUGUAACAACCACCGGACACCCAUCUGCAAUAGAAGGGCUGGUUGCCUCCUCGCAUCCACUUAUACCUUCUGUCUCUCACACCCCUUCUCCUGGACAGACCAGCAAACCUGACCCAGACAGAGAAAUUCCUACUGAUCAGUAGCAGAUUAGCUCUACUUUUUGAAUCCCCAUUCCCCCUCCCUUUUCUCCUGAACUGCCCCUGCCCAUUUUUUCCUUCUUUAUUUUUAUCCAAACCACCACUCCCAUAUUUAUGCUGUCUCCCCUCCACUUCUGGGGAGAGAAAAGGAAUCCAGGUCUUUUCAGCAGCUUUACUGUGGUGAAGAAUGGAAUCAGGCUGCAAACCCUGAGGUGCAUCAUCUCUCCUAAAACCGAAAAGGAGAAAGUUCUUAUCAGUGUCUGGAAACCUUUAGAUAUUGCCUUUCAACAGAUAAUAUUUUUUAAUCUAUUUAGUUUUAAUUAAAAUACAAUACGGGUGGGUUAUACUUCUUUCUGUGUGCUGGGGGCAGGCUGAUCUAACUUGCUUCCACUAGUUUUGGGAUGUCCAUCCUGUUGCCCUUUUGUUUUGCUACGAAUCUCGAAAUUCUUUAAGUUGGAAGUUUGGAAUUUGUAGUUCAUUUGUUGGAAAGUCACUGUUUGGACAUCCCUUGGCUAAUAAAGACAGGCUCGGUUGUCUCAGGGAGCUGAGGCAUGGCCAAUUUUAACAGUAAUAGCUGUCUACUUGUCUAGAAUGUACCUUAGCCCUUUCACAGUUUCACUUGAUUGUCUUACUCGGGCCUUUCUCUAGGAGUUGCUGGUUAAACUAGAGAACAAAAAAAUAUAUAAUGGGGAGGGGAGGCAACUGCGUAGCAUUAGGUUGUAAAAUAUUGCAAAUAUUUCCUCUUAUAACUCCUUUGUCACCUUCAUAGUGUCUGAGUUAUUUAUCCGUAUACAUUAAAAUUCAGUUUAUUUAUUUCUAUUUCACUAAAGGUGUUUAGUGAUUGUGGUGUGAAUGGUAACAAGCACAAAGAUGCUUAUUUUAUGGAACAGUAAUAUUUAAAAGCAAACUGCUCUUAUAUGAAAGCCUAUGUUGUCAAAUAGUAUGUAGUGCUUACAUACAUUGGUCAAGCAAAACAAGAGUUGUGUUCUGUUCUUUCCAAAGGUUAAAGGCACGGGGUGUUUCCCAAUGUUUUAUCAUGCUGACCCUUAUGUAUUAAAAAAAAAAAAAUCCCAGAUGUUGAAAUCAAAUUGUUGUCACUUGCAUAUGCUGUGACCAAGGUGAUUUCACGUAAACUUUUCUCUGCCUUUUUCACCUGUUUUUGCUUGGGGAGGAGUCAGAGACACACAGUACAUUUAUCAACGACAGAAACAAGAGAUCACCAUAGUCUGCCAGAGUGAAAUUCUGCAGCUCCCCAUUCACUUAAGAGAUAACCCUUAAAUAUGUUCCUAAAAAUCUAUUCAAGAACAGUGACAUUUCACUCUGGGUAGCUCUAGUUUCACUCUGAUAACUAUUCUACAUUACCUGAAAAUGCUUUGUGUGCCAUUAUACUAGAGUCAGUGAAAUAGUGCUGAAUGUUGCAGUUAGCUGUAAAUAUAGCAAAAGGAAGGUGGUUACUGUAGCAUUAACUCUCCAUGACAUACUGUACUUUAUCAAACACCUGAUUAAUGCAGUAAGCCUUAUAGCCAUAUAUUUUUUUAUCAGUAACUGUAGAGCUAUAGAACUAAAUACCUAAAGGUCUUAGAAUGAAACUGUCAUACUAAAUUAUUAACUUUCCCUUUAAAUUUCCCUAUUGUAGUACAAGUAUCAGGUAUUUUUUACUGACAAGACACGGUAAAGCAGACAUAAUAUAUGUUUAGCUUACUACUGUAAAUCACCAGUUCUAUAAAAAAAAUAUGUUGGUAAGAAGUCAAUCUAAAUCCAUUAUAGCAUAAUUUUCUCUUGCAGUGCAUAUUCCAUUCCUCUCUCUCCUUGGUUACUUAACUGGAGGCACAUGUCAGCUCAUAUAUCGACUCUUCCUAUAAUUGCACACUACACUGUGCAUUGUGCAGUGCCAGGCAUGCAUGAACCCGAGUGACUGUUUACUUGGAAGGAAGCUUGAGGCAAAACUUUUUGGGGUAUUAUUUAUUUUAUUUUUUUUGCUGCACAUCCACACUCAGGAUAUGAAAAUUCGAUAGUCUGCUCAUGCCCAGAAGAUGACAGAUUUCCCAUAGCUGCUUGGAUCUUUCUAUUUUUUUGACCUGUGAUGUGAUUUAAGUGAAGAGACUCAGGCCCUGAACAACACAAUAUAAAUCAUAAGCUUUACUUGUAUAAGAACAUAAAAAAGUUAUAUGUACCCAUUACAGCAUUUGAUAUGUUAAAUGUUGUUUUAGGGGUUACUGUUUUUUCUAUAAAGAUCUUUAGUGUAUCAGCAGAUAUUUUUUGAUGGAGGGAAAAUAAAAAAUGUAUUUAA